AUGAUGCCCAAAGCGCCUCUGGUAGUGGCUGCAGGGGUGGAGAAGGGCAGGCGUGCGGGGCGCAAGGGGGGCAAGGGAAAGCAAGCGCACGUGAUGCGAGUGACAGUUGAGGCGCCUCAAAAGAGGAUCCAAUCACAUCAGCUAGUUGACAUGUUGCAUAAGGGGGGAGAGGGAUGGGGGAAAGGGAGAGUGGGGUUAGGGGAGAGUGGGUUAAAGGAGAGUGGGUUAGGGGAGAGUGGGUUAGGGGAGAGUGGGUUAGGGGAGAGUGGGUUAGGGGAGAGUGGGUUAGGGGAGAGUGGGUUAGGGGAGAGUGACGCACUGCCAAGGAAUGCAGAUAGCAAAAACGGAAGAGCGUCAGCCAACCCACCAGCAUGGUGCUACCUGCAUGCUCUCACGCCCCUCACCUUCUCUCGUGCUCUCACGCCCCUCACCUUCUCUCGUGCUCUCACGCCCCUCACCUUCUCUCGUGCUCUCACGCCCCUCACCUUCUCUCGUGCUCUCACGCCCCUCACCUUCUCUCGUGCUCUCACGCCCCUCACCUUCUCUCGUGCUCUCACGCCCCUCACCUUCUCUCGUGCUCUCACCUAUUCUCUCCCCUCCACCUGCUCUCUCUCCACCCUCAAACCUGCAGCAUGGUGUGGUGCAGCACAAAGGCUGCGGAUGGCUGCAGCAGCAGCAGGGGCGUGA